AUGUCCAUAGACAUCAACUGGGAGGCUGCCACCUCUGGUCCUGAUGGCGAAGAACUCGCCGAACGCAUCCGCUCCUUCAUCCACGACAAGUUCCAGCAGAUAGCGCUCCCUCGAUUCAUACGUUCGGUGGAAGUCAACUCGUUUGAAUUCGGCACUGUUUCGCCAGAAUUACAGGUCAGGGACAUAUGUGAUCCGUUCAAUGAUUUUUACGAAGAAGACGAAGACGGUGAAGAGUGGUCGGAUAGCUCUGUCAGUGAAGGGCCGCCGCCGUCGAGCUUGAGCCGGAGCCAGUCGACGCUGAAUGGCGAUGCGGGCAACAACAAGAGCGGUGCCAACAAUGAUGAUGGAGAUGGAAACUCAGAUAGUCGUGGUGGGUACUUCCAGAGGAGACACCCGUCUUCAGAAUAUACUGGUGAUUUCCCACAGCCGUUGAUGUCUCCUAUCAACCUCGGGGAGUCGUUUAAUCCCUACUUGUUUCCUCGAGCGGGAACUCCAGGGAUCCCCGGCGGAACAUCCAACGUUGGAUACUAUAACAUGCCGCGCGGAGGGCUUUCUGGGACCCAGACGCCCCUUGCAUCCGUUGCAUCAGUUGCACGGGGCGGCCCGCUCUCGCUAUCAGAGGGAUGGCCGCUUCCCGCCCGCAGAAGUGAGCGAGCCCUCAGCUCGGACGCAGAUGUGGAUUCUCCCCAGUCUCGAUCCCGCCCUUCAACAUCUAGUACGCGACAGUUAACUUCCGUUGACGGCGGCACGACCCGCGACCCAGCGGAGAUACCAGAAUCCGAAUCCGUAAUCACAGGCCAUCUUGACAGCGCACUUCCUACACGGCGCAUGAGAGAACAGAAGCCUGAUGAUUUCCAAGUGCUUUGCCGUAUGCAGUAUUCUGGAAACAUGAGGCUAUCGAUAACGGCUCAGAUACUGCUAGACUAUCCGAUGCCUAGCUUUGUAGGGCUCCCUUUGAAACUCAACAUUACAGGCUUCACGUUCGAUGGGGUUGCUGUUGUAGCUUACAUCCGGAAGAGGGUGCAUGUAUGUUUCCUUUCGCCGGAGGAUGCAGAUACAUUGCUUGGGGCGGACGAUAAGAUGGCUGCUACGGAGGAUUACCAUGACCACCAUGGCCACCACCCUGGGAGACAGUCGAACGGCAGCACGACCGGCUCGCGGCGUUCGAACGACAGCCUACUACGAGAAAUACGGGUAGAGAGCGAGAUAGGGCGCAAGGAGAACGGGAAGCAAGUACUGAAGAACGUAGGGAAGGUAGAGAAGUUUGUUCUUGAGCAAGUUCGGCGGAUCUUUGAAGAAGAGUUUGUGUAUCCGAGUUUCUGGACAUUCCUUGUUUAG